UGGACGCCCAGUGGGACCUGUGGAAGAAAACCUACGGCAAGCAGUACAAUGGCCAGGUGGAUGAGGUGGCCCGGAGGCUGAUCUGGGAGAAGAACCUCAAGUACAUCAACACCCACAACCUGGAGCACGCCAUGGGCCUCCACACCUUCGAGCUGGCCAUGAACCACCUGGGUGACAUGACCAGCGAGGAGGUGGUGAGGACGAUGACGGGCUUGAAGGUGCCCCGUGGCCAACCCCGUGGCAACGAGACCCUCUACGUCCCCGACUGGACCGAGAGAGCCCCGGCGGCUGUGGACUGGAGGAAGAAGGGCUACGUGACGCCUGUCAAGAACCAGGGCCAGUGUGGCUCGUGCUGGGCUUUCAGCUCGGUGGGGGCCCUGGAGGGGCAGCUGAAGAGGAAGACGGGGAAGCUCCUGUCCCUCAGCCCCCAAAACCUGGUGGACUGUGUGGUCAACAACGAUGGCUGCGGUGGUGGCUACAUGACCAACGCCUUCGAGUACGUCCGGCAGAACCGCGGCAUCGACUCCGAGGACGCCUACCCCUACAUCGGCCAGGACGAGAGCUGCAUGUACAGCCCCACCGGGAAGGCGGCCAAGUGCCGCGGCUACCGGGAGAUCCCCCAGGGCAACGAGAAGGCCUUGAAGAGGGCCGUGGCCAGGAUUGGACCCAUCUCCGUGGGCAUCGAUGCCAGCCUGCCCUCCUUCCAGUUCUACAGCCGCGGGGUCUACUACGACCAGAGCUGUGAUGCCAACAACAUCAACCACGCGGUGCUGGCGGUGGGCUACGGCACCCAGAAGGGCACCAAGCACUGGAUCAUCAAGAACAGGUAGGGCAGGAUGGUGGGGA